GGGUUCAGCUGUGCUCCAUCUGGCUUGUGCAUUCUCUCUCUGGCCACCUCUGUGUGUGUGUGAGAGAGGAUUAACUCCCCUGAUGCUGGUGAAAGAGAGCUGAGCAAGCCGCAAGCAUGGCUGAAGGCAGGGAGCCCGGCCCAUGAGUGCAGAGCAGACUGGGACGACUGAGACGCCACCGCGCAACUGAACAGAUCGCCAUGGCCAGCUUGAGGCGUGUGCUUCGAAUAACCUCUUCUUUCCAGCCCUCAUCUUCUGGAGGAAGCAUCCGAUUCUUCAGUGCCGUGACAAGCCCGACGGCAGAAAAGGAUGUCCCUUACCAGAAGACCCUGAAAGAAGACAGCCCCCAAGGCAAGGGGCCCACCAAACCGCUGCCCACAUCUGCAGACGUGGUGGUGGUGGGCGGAGGCAGCCUUGGAUGCCAAACUGUCUACCACCUUGCCAAGAUGGGAGUGACUAACGUCGUUCUGCUGGAGAGAGACCGCUUGACCUCAGGGACCACUUGGCACACAGCAGGUCUCUUGUGGCAACUUCGUCCAAGCGAUGUGGAGGUUGAGCUAUUGGCCCAUACCCGUGACGUGGUUAGCCAGGAGCUGGAGCAGGAGACAGGCCUCCACACAGGAUGGAUUCAAAACGGAGGCCUCUUCAUUGCUUCCAACAAGCAAAGACUGGACGAAUACAAGAGGCUUAUGUCGCUAGGUAAAGUCUAUGGUGUUGAAUCGUAUGUCCUGUCGCCGGGGGAAACCAAGGACCUGUAUCCCUUAAUGAAUGUGGAUGACCUCUAUGGUACACUCUAUGUCCCCAAGGAUGGCACCAUGGACCCCGCGGGAACCUGUACAACCCUCGCCAGGGCAGCCAGCACCCGCGGGGCUCUGGUGAUUGAGAACUGCCCUGUGACUGGAAUUGAGGUUAAAACGGAUGACCUGGGUGUCCGAAGAAUAGCCGCUGUGGUGACAAAUCAUGGGACCAUCCAGACACCUUGUGUGGUGAACUGUGCAGGUGUGUGGGCCCAAGCUCUGGGGAAGAUGGCUGGCGUCAACGUGCCUCUGGUGGCAAUGCAUCACGCCUACGUUGUGACGGAGAGGAUCGAAGGGAUUCAGAACAUGCCAAACGUUCGCGAUCACGAUGCAUCGGUUUAUCUGCGUCUCCAAGGCGAUGCCCUUUCUGUGGGCGGAUAUGAGUCAAAUCCAAUCUUCUGGGAGGAGGUAUCCGCCACCUUUUCCUUUGGCCUCUUCGAUCUGGACUGGGAUGUGUUCACACAGCAUAUCGAAGGUGCUGUCAACCGAGUCCCGGUGCUGGAGAAAACGGGGAUUAAAUCCACAGUCUGUGGCCCAGAAUCAUUUACAGCUGACCACAAGCCUCUCAUGGGGGAAGCACCGGAGGUCCGAGGCUUUUUCCUGGGUUGCGGUUUCAACAGUGCUGGGAUGAUGCUCGGAGGGGGCUGUGGAAAGGAGUUGGCCCACUGGGUUAUUCACGGCCGUCCUGAGAAAGACAUGUACGGUUACGACAUCAGGAGGUUUCACCACUCUCUCACCAGUAACAACCUCUGGAUCCGAGAGCGGAGCCAUGAGUCCUACGCCAAGAACUAUUCCCUUGUCUUCCCUUAUGACGAGCCUCUGGCUGGACGCAACAUGAGGAAAGACCCGCUACAUGAGGAGCUUCUACAGCAAGGUUGCGUCUUCCAGGAGAGACAUGGGUGGGAGAGGCCAGGCUGGUUUGAUCCGCGCGGCAAGGCGCCGAUAUUGGAGUAUGACUAUUACGGUGCAUACGGCUCCGUCAAGCCCCACGAGAACUACGCCUACAGCCGGCUGCUCUCGGACGAGUACACCUUUGAUUUCCCACCUCACCACAGAGUUAUCAGGAACGAAUGCUUAACCUGCCGGAAUGCACUGGCCGUGUUCGACAUGUCUUACUUCGGCAAAUUUCACCUUGUCGGCCCCGAGGCCAGGAAAGCAGCCCAGUGGCUGUUUACAGCGGAUGUUCACAAGCCUCCAGGGGCAACCGUUUACACGUGCAUGCUAAAUAAGCAAGGGGGAGUGGAAAGUGACCUGACGGUCAGCGCAAUAGACUCCGGCACCCAGGACUCGGCACUGGCUCCAGUGUUUGAAGGCGAUGGCUACUAUCUCGCUGUCGGAGGAGCUGUGGCCCAGCACAACUGGUCCCACAUCGCCACCGUGCUGCAAGAUCGGCGGUUCCAGUGCCGGCUGAUUGACCAAUCAGAAGAGCUCGGGAUGAUCAGCAUCCAGGGACCCUCCAGCCGCACCGUCCUGCAAAAGGUGCUGGACACCGAUCUGAGCAAUGAGGCCUUCCCAUUCUCCACACACAAGCUGGUGAAAGCGGCCGGCUGCCUGGUCAGGGCCAUGAGGCUGUCGUUCGUAGGGGAGCUGGGCUGGGAGCUUCACGUACCCAAGGAGCACUGCGUGAGGGUCUACCAGUCGGUCAUGAGGGCUGGUGCCCAGCAUGGUGUCGCCAACGCCGGCUACAGGGCCAUUGACUCCCUCAGCAUUGAAAAAGGCUACCGACACUGGCAUGCAGACCUUCGUCCUGACGACACACCCCUAGAAGCUGGCUUGGCCUUCACAUGCAAACUCAAAUCCAAUAUCCCUUUCCUUGGUCGGGAAGCCGUAGAGGCCCAGAAAGCAAGGGGAAUCUUCCGCCGUCUGGUCUGCUUCACCAUUGAUGAGAAAGUGCCAAUGUUUGGCUUGGAGGCCAUCUGGAGGAAUGGAAGCGUUGUGGGGCACAUCCGGAGAGCCGAUUUUGGACACGCUCUCAACAAGACCAUUGCCUAUGGGUACAUCCGGGACCCUGAAGGAGGACCGGUCUCGCUGGACUUUGUGAAAAGUGGGGAAUACACCUUGGAAAGGAUGGGGGUGGCCUAUCCAGCCCAAGCCCAUACCAAAUCGCCUUUCGAUCCAGAGAACAAGAGAGUGAAAGGGAUAUACUGAGACCUCAGGGCAAGAAGCUAGACCACAGGGAAGGAGGGAGUCUGCUAAUCGACAUGGAGGAAGCUCAAGAGGGAAAGAAAGCAAUGAAAGGACCCUGCGGGACCUUAUGUAGAAUCAUGGAGCUGGAAGCGAUCUCUGAGGCCUGCAAAUCUAACCUGAUGCUGGGCAGAUGGUCAUCCAGCCUCCACCAGGGAAGGAGAGCUUAGCACUUACCAUUGUGUGAGGCAGGCUGUUGCAGCGUCCGAAGGCUCUUACAGUCAGGAAAUGCCUCCUGGAGUCCAGCCGAAAUCUGCUUCCUUGUCAUUUCAACCCACGGAUCCUGAUCCUGCAGCUCCAUUCCUCCUCCUAUGGCACAGACCUUCAGACAUCCAGGAUGACUCUCGUAUCUCCUCUCAGCAUUCUCUUCUCCAGCUCCUACAACCGUUCCUCACCAUCGUGGUUGCCCUCCUCUGAAAAUCUUGAAGAUCAGAACAGCCAGGGCUGCAUCAGACUAAGAACCUAAGAACAGCCCUGCAGGAUCAGGCCCAAGGAGGCCCAUCUAGUCCAGCAUCCUGUUUCCCACAGUGGCCCACCAGAUGCCUCUGAGAAGCCCACAGGCAAGAGGUGAGGGCAUGUCCUCUUUCCUGCUCCCCUGCAACAAGUAAGGGUCCUGAUUCCAGCAAUAUCCAAGUCCAGCCAGCUCACAAGCCAAUCCUAACAAUCCAAUGCUAACCGAUGCUCACAAGCCAAUCCUAUCGGUGGUAGUCUCCCCCUGUUGUUUCUUUCCAUCAUCCAGGACUAUACUUCAGAGAUGUGCACAUCGAUUCAGGCCCCCUGAUCAGUUUUUUAAAAGGUGCCAAAAUAGGCUCGAAUCAAUUUGAACUGCAUUUUUGAGUUCGAUUCGAAUUUGAAUCUUAUCUUCAAAAGUUGAAUUGAAUCACAAAAUUUGAUUUGUGCACAUUUCUACUAUACUUCGUACUAUCCCUGAACAUGGAGGCUCAUACCCAAUAGCCUUGUAGUCCUUAGUCUGUCCUUAGAGCUCUCCCCGCUUUGAGAAAGCAAAUUGGUGUGCCACCCCAUUAAAGAAACCAUAGUAUAUGCAUUUAAAUCAGUCAGCUGACUAAAUCUGUAUACAUUUACAUAUGAAUAAAAAUGCUUCUGAAGAAAAUAGAACAGUCCUUUAUUUCGAGAUGAUGAUGCAUGCCGAGGCCACAAACAGUGCAGUUAUAGAAGACGCAUGCCGAACUGAACGCAUUGACCUGAAGAGAGCCAUUCACACGUUAUGUUCCACACUCAGUGUACACAAGUACAGAUCUGUCCACAGGUACAGUCAUUCACAUGAUAUGCUGAACGCAGGUACAGCAUAAUGCUUCCCAUUUAUAUCAUGCAUUCGAAGGGCCUCUAUCCAGGUUCACUUGUUAAAAGAACCCAGGUACAGUCAUUCACACACAAACACACGUAUGGGUGUACAGGUAUCUAUACACUCAUACAGCAUAAUGUCUGAAUCAGCUGAGGCCUCUUCUAAAGUGGAGUCUGCUCUCUAAUUAGGGAUACCUUUUCAAUUGAUAUGAAAUUUUAAUAUUAAUCUUCAAUUUUGGUUUUAAUCUAGCAGGUUCAUGAACUAAACAGGACAGCCGGACCAAAAAAUGUAACAGAAUAACAAACACUAAAAAGGCGUUACACACACACACACACACACACAAAAUAGAAUAAGGAAAUAAAUUAGGAAGCCGCCUUAUACUGAGUCAGACCCUUGGUCUACCUAGCUCAGUACUGUCUACCCAGACUGGCAGCGGCUUCUCCAAGGUUGCAAACAGGAGUGUCUCUCUCAGCCCUAUCUUGGAGAUGCCGCCAGGGAGGGAAUUUGGAGCCUUCGGCACGCAAAACAGAUGCUGUGGCCCAAUCCCCAUAUAAACAAAUAUUGCACCAGCAUCAUAAAAACCAGUUUAUAACUGAGUAAAACUACUAAACAGCAGAAGCAGCUGUGGGUAAGGCGUGCUGAGAUAAGAACAUUGGUGAGCUGUUUAAAAAUGGCCACGGAAGAUUCUACCCAAAGAUCAAGUGGCAGGGAGUCCACAGAUGAGGCCAUCCCGUACGCAGAAGGCCACCUCCCUAGUCUGCAGCUGUGACUUCCAAGCUGUGCUCCAAUAUUAUGGCAUGAACAGAGAUCUCUCCUCUUUGGCUACAGAGCAGCUAACCUUCAUGUCUCCUUGGCAUCUCCCUAAUCAGUGUGGACUGUCUGGUGAGUCACCCAAGGCCUAAGCUCAGAGGUGAGAAGACAGCAGCGUUAGCUAUAGCCUCCAGAAUGACACAGCAGUCGGACGGGGAGGGGUGGGUGGGUCGCAUUCUGGACAUCUUUUUAAAAAAAGAAACUGCAAACAGUCAAGGCUGCCGGGAAAAGGGCUUAUCAGCUCAGAAGGGGCAAGCUGUGGCAGGCGGUGUCCAGAACACAGGAAACGCAGCCUCCUACGGAGUCAAACCCUAGGUGCAUGUAGCUCCGUAUCGUCUACACAGACUGGCAGUGGCUUCUUCAAGGAGGAGGACUCUGACUUUAAGAGGAAGAUUUUAGCAUAGGAAUUUAAUUUCUAACAUCAAAGAACUGGUGCGGGGGGCGGGGCGGACUAGUCUUGGAUUCAGGUCAACGCGGUAUAUAAAAAGCAGCUGUGAGAAACCCCAAAUCAAGGUCAGGACCUUGGCGCUGGAGGGAUUGGAGCCUUUUGGGCCUCCGUGGCCCCAAUCCAUUUCGGGUGCCCAUUCGGCUCCCAUCGGAUUCUAGGAGCCCCAGUCCAGAUUGGGGGUGUUGCCUGAGCAGAGAGUUAAUACCCCCAUCCCCAAUUUGGGUCUCGCCUUCCCCACAGCGGCCACUUUACUUUCUUAAGCAGAGACAGACACAAGGCCAAAGGGUGCAAUCAAUAUUAGCAAUAGCACUUACAUUUAUAUACCGCUCUAUAGCCGGAGCUCUCUAAGCGGUUUACAAUGAUUUAGCAUAUAGCCCCCAACAUUCUGGGUACUCAUUUUACCGACCUCGGAAGGAUGGGAGGCUGAGUCAACCUUGAGCCCCUGGUCAGGAUCGAACUUGCAACCUUCUGGUUACAGGGCGGCAGUUUUACCACUGCGCCACCAGGGGCUCUUGUCUCUAGUUUGGUCCUCGGUCAACUGAGGACCAGCCCCUCAUUUUGCUGCCGCCUUCUCAAGUUUAACAAGUGCCGGCGUUGUGGGAAGGGGGUGCGGGUCAUGCUCACAGUGUGGCGCUGGAUCUGGCAGGCGCUCCGUGAUGGUGGGCAGAGGCUGCUUCUCCCAUUCGCCCUGCGGAGAGAAUGCAGACAUUCCUCAAAGUCGGGGCUCCUCCCAUUGGGGGCUCUAGAAAUGGUUGGACGACACCCCCCAUCGUGCUCAGCCACAAUCACCCAAGCCGACUGCGGCGAGGGAUGAGGAAUGGGGUUGUCCACAGCCCAGAUUUGAGAACCCCUAAUACUUAGGUUCUCAGCCUUUUAACCAUAAACCGGCUGAAUAUUUAGACCAGAUCUUGGUACCAAAAUUUAGGAGAUUUUUGACCCUCGCGCGAUUGAACGUUCUCCCUUCGGCAGUACUUGAUGGUAAAUUCAAACGACAUGAUCAGCACUAUUGCCCCUGUGGCUCAGAGGAUACAGAGUCUAUCUUUAUUACCAGUUUUAUAAGGACCCUCGCACCAAAUUUAUUGCUCCUAUUUUAGCCAUUUAUCCUGGUCACACCGGCCAAUUUUAUUUGGAAAUUAUGCUGGCCAGUUUCAAACCUGUAAUUUCAGAUCAUGUGGCAAAGUUCGGUUUCGUGGCGUCGAAGCUCCAUUUUGACUGUAUUAGUAAUUUGAACCGUUUGUGAUUUUGUAAACUUUGAAAUUGCUUGCAUUUUCUUAUUAAAUGCUAUUCAUCGUU